AUGUCAGCUAGCAGCCAGCACUCUGUAGGCUUCAGGGAGGAGUCUCCGGAGGAUGAAGAUGAUGAAGAAAUGGUGGAACCAAAAGCACAGGAUGACUUAGAGACGGAAAAUCAAGACCAGAAGCAGGAAACAAAAGAAGCUCCUCCCAGAGAAUUGACAGAAGAAGAAAAACAGCAAGUUCUCCAUUCAGAAGAAUUCCUGAUAUUUUUUGACCGGACAAUACGUGUAAUUGAGCGAGCUUUGGCUGAAGAUUCAGACAUAUUCUUUGACUACAGUGGCAGAGACGUAGAAGAGAAAGAUGGAGAUGUUCAAGCAGGAGCCAACCUUUCUUUUAACCGUCAGUUCUACGAUGAGCACUGGUCAAAGCAUCGUGUUGUCACCUGUAUGGAUUGGUCUCUGCAGUACCCUGAGUUGAUGGUUGCAUCUUAUAACAAUAACGAAGAUGCUCCACAUGAGCCUGAUGGGGUAGCCCUGGUAUGGAACAUGAAGUUCAAGAAAACCACACCAGAAUAUGUUUUCCAUUGUCAGGUAAGACAGAGGAAGCCAUUAAUUUCAUGUACGGGAGCCUUAAAGCCUGUGUAUUUUGAGAAACACAUGUGGUACUAUGCUUUCACGUGCAUCCUGGAUUAG